AUGACGAACGUGGCCUUGAUUGGAUGCACUGGCAUGGUGGGGGCGCAUAUCCUCACCAGCCUAAUCGCCAACCCCGCUGUUACGAGGGUUGACACAAUCUCACGUCGCACUCCGGCUGCCGCAUCUUCCGCGCCGCAGGCAAAGUUGACCACGAUUGUGUCGACUGAUACCUCAAAGUGGGCAAGCGAGCUUUCGUCCCUCUCGCCAACACCAUCCAUCUUCAUCUCCGCCCUCGGAACCACAAGGGCUGCCGCAGGGAGUUUCGAGAACCAGUAUAAGCUGGACCAUGACCUGAAUUUGGAGAUGGCCAAGGCUGCCCGUGAUGCCGGUACCAAGGUGUGCGUUCUGGUCUCGUCGAGCGGCGCGGACGUCAAGUCCACAUUUGCGUAUACCAGGAUGAAGGGAGAGAUUGAAGAGGGCUUUAAGGCGUUGGGAUUCGAGAGGACGGUCAUUUUGCGACCUGGUUUGAUUGCUGGCUCGAGGGAGGAAAGCAGGCCUGCGGAGGCUGUCGCCCGGUUCUUUGCUGGAGCUCUUGGUAAAUUGCACUCGAGCUUGAAAGAUGGAUGGGCUCAGGAGUCGGAUGUUAUUGGCAAGGCUGCUGUCAAUGCAGGGCUCAAGGCGCUGGAAGGCCAGGUUCCUGCAGGCAGUGAGAAGGUCUGGUAUUUGUACGGAAGUGACAUUAUUCAGCAUGGGAAGGAAUGA